GUGACACAAUGGGUGACACAAUGGGUGGCAGUGGGAGUCGCAGUGGGUGACAGUGACAAUGGGUGCCACGAGGGAUGACAAAAUGGGUGUCAAUGAGUGACAGUGGGCGACGUGGUGGGUGACAGUGGGGGAAAAUGGGUGUCUGAGUGACAGUGGGUGACGGCGGGUGACAGUGGGUGACACUGUGUGACAAUGGGAGUCGCAGUGGGUGACACAGUGGGUGACAGUGGGUGACACUGACAGCGGGUGCCACAAUGAGCGUCAACGUGUGUCAGCGGGUGACAGCGGGUACCACAAUGUGCAUCCCUCCAUGUCCCCCGUGUCCCCCCUUGUCCCCCUUUUCCCCCCACGUCCCUCCUGCAGGGCUGCUGUUCGUGGUGGAGCUCGCCUCCAUCCUCUCCCGUUUCCCCAACUCCUCGCUGCUGUGGCCUCACAGCCCCGGCCGCCCCACAGCCGAGCCGGCGGAUCCCGACUCCACCGACGGCUACCGGGGCUACGCCGUGGCCGUGGGAGAGUUGGACGGCGACCCCAAAACCAAAGAGUUCGUGGUGGGGGUCCCCAAUAAGGGCAGCACCAGGGGCGAGGUGGAGAUCUUCAGUGCGGGGCUGGCGCUGCGCCGCGUGCACGGCAUCCCCAGUGAGCAGGUGGCCUCCUACUUUGGGCACACUGUGGCCGUGGCCGAUGUCAACGGGGACGGGAGGGACGACGUGCUGGUGGGAGCCCCGCUGUUCGUGGAGCGGAGCGCGGACGGGAAGCAGCGCGAGGUGGGGCGGCUCUACGUCUACCUGGGCGGCUCCCGGCGGCCAUGGGAGCGGCGCCCCCAGACCCUGACGGGCACGGAGCCCUACGGCCACUUCGCCGCCGCCAUCGCCCCGCUGGGGGACCUGGACCUCGACGGCUGCGGCGACGUGGCGGUUGGCGCCCCAUACGGCGGUGACGAUGGCAGCGGGGCGGUGCUCAUCUUCCGGGGGCAGCGGGAGGGGCUCAGCCCGACCCCAGCGCAGCGCCUCAGCAGCCCCUUCCCCGGCCCUGCCGCCUUCGGCUUCGCGCUCCGUGGUGGCACCGACAUCGAUGGCAACGGGUACCCAGAUCUGCUGGUCGGUGCUUUUGGGGUCUCCAUGGUGGCCGUGUACAGGGCGCAGCCGGUGGUGGUGGCCCAGGCGCAGCUGAGCGUCCCCAGCGGGCUGAACCCACGGGUGACAGAGUGCGUCCUGCCAGGGAGUGACAGCCGUGUCACCUGCUUCGAGGCGCAGCUCUGUGUCUCCGUGUCGGGACGCCGCAUCCCUCGCAGCAUCCGGCUGGUGGCAGAGCUGCAGCUGGACCGCCUGAAGCAGAGGGGACACCGCAGGGUGCUGCUGCUGCGGGGACAGCAGGCGGCGUGGCAGCGGGAGGUGACCUUGGAGCCGGGGAUGUCACCGCAGUGCCACCAACUGGCUGCGUACCUGAGGGACGAAGGGGACUUCAGGGACAAACUGAGCCCCAUCGUCACCAGCCUCAGCCUGGCGCUGCCGCCCCCAGACCCCAAAGGCCUGGGCCUGGUGCUCUAUGGGGACACCCACGUGCAGGCGCAGACCCACAUCAUCCUGGAGGACUGUGGUGAUGACAACGUCUGCGUCCCCGACCUGCGCCUCUCUGCCCACACGCUGGAUGCACGGCUGCGGAUCGGCGAUGACAACGCGGUGACACUGCGGGUCGGGGCCACCAACAUGGGGGAGGGGGCUUUCGAGGCCGAGCUGUGGGUGCAGCUCCCGGAUGGCAGCUUCUACCAGCGGGCGCUGAGUGACACACAGGAGAAGCUGAGCUGCAACCCCAGGAAGGAGAACGGAACCCACGUGGUGGUGUGCGACAUGGGCAACCCCAUGAAGGCGGGCACACAGAUCGCUGUGGCUGUGGAGCUGAGUGUCACCGGGUUGGAGGACGCGGGUGAUGCCAUCACCUUCCACCUGCAGCUCAGGAGCAAGAACAGCCCCAGCGUCACCGCGGCCGUGACCAUCCCUGUGGAAGCGCACGCAGAGAUGGAGCUGAGGGGCAUGUCCCUGCCUGCCACCACCGUGCUGCCCAUGGAGUGGCGGCAGGCUGGGGACAGCCGCCAGCCGGAGAACCAUGGGGUGCGCGUGGAGCACGUCUACCAGCUGCACAAUAAGGGCCCGGCCACCGUCACCAACGUCACCCUGAGCCUCCACAUCCCCGUCGCCGCGGGCGGCCGCACGCUGCUGUACCUCCUGGAGCUGGGCACCGAGGGUGGCAUCACCUGCGUGCCACCGCCGGACCUCAACCCCAUGCAGCUGGAGGUGGCCCAAGCCCCGGAUGUGGGGCAGAGCAACGGGACGCGGCGGCGGGAGCGCAGGGACGCGGGGGACGAGGAGGAGAGCGUCAGUGUGGACUGUGGCAAUGCCACCUGUGCAGAGGUGUGGUGCCAGGCGGGCAGCAUGGCGCAGGGACAGCGCGUGUUGGUGGCCGUCCGCGCGCUGCUCUGGAUGGAAACCCUGCAGCAGGACGGCCACCCCCAGCACCUCUCCAUCCACUCCUGGGCCUCCUUCAACACCUCAGCCAUGCCGUACCACGUCCAGCCCCACGUGCUGCCCCACGGCACCGCCACGGCUGUCACCGAGGUGCUGCGCUCCCGGCCCGCUGCCGUCCCGGUGUGGUGGGUGGUGCUGGGGGUGCUGGCGGGGCUCCUCCUGCUUGCCCUCCUCGUCCUUCUGAUGGGGAUGAUGGGGUUCUUCAAGAGGACGCGGCCGCCGGCAGAGGGGGACACUGGGGAGGGGGCAGCAGAACAGGGACAGGGCACGGAGAUGGGGGACGGCCAGGGGUAG